CUUAGAAAGAGAGCUUGGACGGCAUGCAAAGUUGUGAAACAUCUUCAGACAGCACUGAUGAUCCUCUUAGUAGUGGCCUACGGAGAAAACGACAGCCUCGAAUAGUAGUUAUUGGUGCUGGCCUUGCGGGCCUGUCAGCUACAAAAUCUCUCCUGGAAAACGGUUUCACGGAUGUAACAAUCCUUGAGGCGUCUGACCGAAUUGGAGGCAGAGUGCAAAGCGUCAAACUUGAGAACGCCACUUUUGAACUGGGAGCUACGUGGAUCCAUGGUUCAAAUGGAAACCCAGUCUACCAUCUAGCAGAAGACAAUGGCUUACUUGAAGAGACUACUGAUGGUGAGAGAAGCAUUGGCCGUAUCAGUCUUUACUCCAAGAAUGGGGUGGCUUAUCACCUUACCAACAAUGGGCAGAGGAUUCCGAAAGAUGUGGUUGAAGAAUUCAGUGAUUUAUACAACGAGGUCUAUAACCUGACUCAGGAGUUCUUCCAACGUGGUAAACCAGUCAAUGCUGAGAGCCAGAAUAGUGUGGGCGUCUUCACACGGGAUGUGGUGCGCAAACGCAUCAAAGCCGAUCCAGAUGACUCGGAGACCACCAGGAGGCUAAAACUAGCCAUGAUCCAGCAAUAUCUUAAGGUGGAGAGCUGUGAGAGUAGCUCCCAUAGCAUGGACGAGGUCUCGCUCAGCGAAUUCGGAGAAUGGACUGAAAUCCCUGGGGCCCAUCACGUCAUUCCUUGUGGCUUUAUCAAGAUUGUGGAGAUCCUGGCCCAUUCCAUUCCAGAGUCGGUCAUCCAGCUCCGCAAGCCAGUCAAGUGCAUCCACUGGAACCAGACGGUCAGCAAGGAGAUUGAGCGUGUGGCCGACCACAACAGCGACCGCCCCGAGGAGGACCAGGGCUACCAUGUCUUUGUGGAGUGUGAGGACUGUGAGUUCAUCCUCGCCGACCACGUCAUCGUGACCGUAUCACUGGGGGUCCUGAAGAAGUACCAUGAGAGCCUGUUCCACCCUGGCCUGCCUGAGGAGAAGGUGAUGGCCAUUCAGAAACUGGGCAUUAGCACCACCGACAAAAUCUUCCUGGAGUUUGAAGAGCCCUUCUGGAGUCCUGAAUGCAACAGCAUCCAGUUCGUCUGGGAGGAUGAGGCAGAGAGUGAGAGUUUGACUUACCCUGAGGAGUUGUGGUACAAGAAGAUCUGCAGCUUUGAUGUCCUAUACCCACCGGAGCGGUAUGGGUAUGUGCUGAGUGGCUGGAUCUGCGGGGAGGAGGCUUUGAUCAUGGAGAAGUACGACGAUGAAACUGUGGCAGAAACGUGCACUGAGAUGCUGCGUAAAUUUACAGGGAAUCCAAACAUUCCGAAACCUCGCCGCAUCCUGCGGUCCUCCUGGGGCAGCAAUCCCAACUUCCGAGGAUCCUAUUCUUACACCCAGGUUGGGUCUAGCGGGGCUGAUGUGGAGAAGCUUGCUAAGCCACUGCCUUAUACGGAAAGCUCCAAGACGGUUCCUAUGCAGGUGAUGUUUUCGGGGGAGGCCACUCAUAGGAAGUAUUAUUCCACUACCCAUGGUGCUUUGCUUUCUGGCCAGAGAGAGGCUGCUCACCUCAUUGAAAUGUACCAAGACCUCUUACAAUGCAGGAACUGAAAGGCUUAAUGUUUGAGAAGAACCACUAACUCGUGAUACCUUUUACAGUUGUGUGUAGGUUUUUUUAAAUUAAUAGUAGAACAAUUUUUAUCUUUUUAUAUAAAAAAGCCCUAACUGUUUAAAAACAUAGUCACCUGUAGCUUAUUUCCUUUACUGUAUUGUUAACAGAGGAGGGUGCUCUUUCUGUAUGGUAAACUUUGUGUGUGUGUGUGUGUG